AGCUUCUUCUAUUUUCGCUUCGCAACCAUGGACUCACGAUCCGACGUGGCAGCUUGCCCUCUCGAGCAAGCGACCAAUGGCUGGUGGCUACAGAAACCUAGCAAGCUCUUGUUAACGACACUUCCCAGCACAAUACAUAUUGUUCUCAGUUGCAAUAUGGUGGCACUUUUGGUAACAAGCAGACAAAUCGCGCAACCGCCGGGCCUGUUUUUCAAUCACCGUUUGCCGAAGAUCGUUAAGAGCCACAGCUCCGCCCAGAAGGUCGUCAGACGGCUGCCAAAAAUAGCGGGUCUUCUUUUCUGGACUGAGCGAAUGCACAGAAAGACCACAGAGCGAAUUUCCACAAAGCAGCACCAAAACCACAACACGAGGUUGCUGUCGCACGAACCCGCGGUGGAAAAAAUUUAGCUCGCUCGUUUUCAACGGAAACACAGAUGUGACACACCCUUCUUUACAGAAAUAAAUUUCUGUAUUAUGGCUCCCGACAAGAG